AUGGCGGGUGUUUCUGAGGCCACGGCGGGGACACCCAUGCCUAACGGGGCUGCUGUCACACUCGCACACUAUCCCAAAAUCCACAAACAAGACAACAUGUCGCGCUACAACUACGCCAACAGCCCCGUCAUCCACCAGGGCGCGGCCUCGAUCCGCUCCUCGGCCUCCUACUCCACAACCUACUCGGGCGAGAGCAGCCCGCGCAGCUACCGCUCCUACUCUCCCGCCGAGACGAUCCGCGAGCAGCAGUACGCGGGCGCCACGAACGGCAGCGGCGUCGUCGUCCACAACGGCUACAGCGGCCACCAUGACCAGCGCUACGACCCCACGCCCAAGUACAGCAACCCGAACCUGGCGAAGCGCAAGAGCUAG